AUGGCAUCGGUCGUGCUAUCCACCCUAACCCCGAUCUCAAACGAGACAGACCCAACUCCGUCCCAGAUCCCGCUUCCCGUCGACCCGCUAUUUGGUCAGCCUGUCCAGAAGGCCAUCGGCAUCUUCACAUUUGUGGUAAUCGCAGUGGGUCUCGUGGGCAACUCGGCUGUUAUCUACAUCGUGGUGCGUUACCGUGACAUGCACACGACGACCAACUUCUCCUUCGCCAACCUGGCGCUGACUGACAUCCUCCUGUUGGUCUUUCAAGCCUUGUCCAUCACCCUGGACACCUUUGGCUACGCCGUGUCGGUGAGCCUCAACUGCUGGCCCACGUUCUACCUUCGACACGUUAUUGGUGAGGUGACGGGUCUUACGUUGGCGAUGAUGUCAUACGACCGAUGGAGAUUGGUUGCGUACCCGCUGGAGGCCGUCCAACACACCGAAAGACGCAAACGGGUCUUUCUGUUCGGUAUAGUCAUUCUGUGGGCUGUUUCAUUUGCGAUGUAUGUUCCGGUCAUCGUCUACUCGGUCAAAGUAUCCUUUUAUGCUGUCUUUUGCACCAUUUGGUUUCCUUGGGAAUACGGCCAGAAGGUUUUCCAGACCUACGCCGCCAUCGCAAUGUACAUCGUUCCGCUGAUGUUCAUCUCAGUGUGCUACCUGAAGAUCUGGCUGAAGCUUCGACAGAAGACACCAGGUUCCGCUACAGCGUCGGGUACCAGCACGGCCAGAAAAUCGCAACGCAUGCGCCGAACUCUCCGUUUAAUCAUGGUUGUGAUCGCGGUCUUUGCGCUGUCGUGGCUGCCGUAUCGCGUGCUCGUGAUGUGGUUGGUGUGGGACCCCGAUUUCCUUGCCUUCAGUCCCGCUUUCCUAAUCGGCUCGGACAUAGCCAGUUUGAUCAUCUACCUGAACAGUGUGGUCAACCCUUUCAUUUACCCAUUUGCCGGUACCGGUUUCAGAAAACACCUUCCGGCAUUCUUACGCGGAAUGCUUGCGCGCGAUCAGACGGUUUCAUCACGAACCACGCCAAAAAGAAGUGGCGAUAACGCAAAGAGCUCUUUUACCGCGAUGGCCCCUUAUCCGUGUCAGCACACGAGCAUGGAGAGUCUGAGCGUCGGCUGCCAGACCUUACCUUAGCCGCCGCAUGCAUCGAAAUAACACAGACGAUCGAACUUGAAUUGGAUA